AAUUUCCUUCUUCCAUGUGUUUGUAUAAAUGUUACAAAGGCGAUAUGGAUGCCGGGCAAUGAUGCUAGAAACUGUAGCUGCUGUUCCGGGCAUGGUGGGAGGCUUGUUGCUGCACUGCAAGUCACUGAGGCGCUUCGAGCAAAGCGGCGGUUGGAUCAAAGCCCUGCUGGAAGAAGCUGAGAAUGAGCGUAUGCACCUCAUGACCUUUAUGGAGGUAUCCAACCCCAGAUGGUACGAGCGCGCUCUUGUGUUUACUGUCCAAGGUGUUUUCUUCAAUGCUUACUUCUUAGGCUAUAUCAUCUCUCUGAAAUUCGCUCACCGUGUGGUGGGUUACCUGGAGGAGGAGGCAAUACACUCGUUCACCGAGUUCCUCAAGGAACUCGACAAGGGCACCAUCGAGAGCAUGCCGGCUCCGGCCAUUGCCAUUGAUUACUGGCAGCUGCCGGCAGACUCAACCUUACACGAUGUUGUCAUGGUUGUGAGAGCGGAUGAGGCUCACCACCGCGAUGUCAACCACUUUGCAGCUGACAUACAUUAUCAAGGACGUGAGUUGAGGGAGUCUCCUGCUCCAUUUGGUUAUCACUGAGAGCCUAUAAUUUUGGGUGCUUACUAUAUAUGAGGAAAGAGUGAGAAUUUCUUAACAUGAAUAAGUAUUUUUCAGAAGUGAUGAUGGUAUCCGGCAUAUGCAUAUGGUCUAUAUUAUCAAUUUGAUUUUGUUGUAAAUACAGUAUGAAGUUACUUGGGUGUGAACAUCUCCCUUUUCACAAA